AUGCAGCAGGUAGUAAAGACGAUGAAUAGGCACUGUGCGCUGCCCUAGUCCUCUCGCCGUUCUUGUUUCAAUAUAUUGAGUGGAUGAUCCAAGGGAAGAACGGGCUAUGUGUCGUGCAUUUGAUUCUGUGUUUUUUUUCUAUGAUGCGUGCUUGGAUUUGGUACGGGGGAUGGCUUGCGGUGGCAACGUGGCGGUUUCUAGGGUUCGGGUUCGGAGAUGGAGGUAACGUGGGAGGACCAGCUGAACAUCAACAAGUUCAGCAGGCUGAAUAACCGCUUUCAUGAGCUCCAAGAAGAGAUAAAGAUUGCGAAGGUACUGUACUCUAUCAUCGGGAAUGCUAAAUUUAGGCAUACCUUCGAACACGGCUAUUUGGUGUUUUAUUAUUUAAGCUCCGUCGGUAUUAAGUUCGUGAUUAGCGAUGGUUAUUUGAGCUGUGGUAGAUUCAUUCCCCGAUCAAGAGCGUGGUGCGCUUAAGCCGAGAAAAAUCCUCGCCGAUGUCUUUCUCCGGAAUAGAGCCUGGAGUGAGGACAGCCUUUGCCGUUCAUAGGGGAGACAUCUCAGAAGUUUAACCUUGUUCAAGGAGGCUCUGUGGACUGUAUUUUUCUCAAUAAUUCAGUUAUGGUUGCUAAAUAGGGAAGUCCCUCCCAAGAAACUAUGGGAUUCUUUUGACCACUAAUGUUUUAGUACAGUGGAAAAGGGUUGUGUAUGAGUACACACUUUUCUACUGGAAAAUGAAUACAUAACAAAAAAAUCUUGAAACAUUUGACGGCCUAUUGAAGAUCCGUUAGCAAUCUUUUUUCCGUGGUAUUUUGUUAUUAUCCCUUAGUUUUUCUUGGAGGAAAGAUAAUAACUUGAUCCUUCAAUAAUCUGGUUUAGAUAUAACAUGAAUUUGACUUAGCAAUAGAAUCAUUGGAUCACUUCUUCAUGACUUCUUUCUAUUAUCUAACCGCUCAAUUUUGAAUCAUUUCUUCCUGGUCAACCUCUGAUUAUGUUUUAAUUUCGUCUAUUUAGAUCUCUUCCAAUAGGGCAUUCUGUUUCGUCAUGUGAAUGAUAUCAUAACAUGUACAUGAAGACAUCCUACUCUCCUGAACUUCUGUCAAUAAAUUACGAGAGCAGUAUAUCUAAUCUUCAGCAUUGAUGAGCUCAUGAUAUCUAGCAUCCUGUUUUAUACAACUGCUACCUUCGGACUUAUCCAUUUUAAUGCUCCCUUCCAGUGGAGUACCAAGGAUGUUGAAUACUCCGAUGCAAUCUAGCGUCAUUCAGAAUAAUUCACAAUAAUGACAUUGAGGGAUUAGCUUGGAUUAAAAAUAAGAAGCAAAUCCCCUUCUUACAGUCGGCUGUGAGGAUUUUUUUCCAUAUUUAGUUUUGGCUAAACAUUGUACCUUUUGUUUCCUCUUUUUACAAUAUUGGCUCAGAAAGGGAACCAAAAAUAUGCUGGGUGAUCAAAAGAAAGUUAACAUGCAUAUCACAAGAGGAUAGUAACAGCUUGCAGCCUUAAUCAGCUUGUACGAAAACGAAGAACGUCCCUAUAGUCAACUACUGCAGACCUGGAAGUGAAUGUAAUGCAAUUGAAAUGGUUUUUUUGGCGAGUUUCCACUUCUAGAAGAUGAGGUCCACUUUAAUUCUUCUGGUUUCAUUUCCCGAUCUUCCAAGAUGCUUUCCCCUCUUCUCGUAACAGUUUACAAACUUCACUGUUUUGAUGCCCCCAUUACAUUUCAGUGUGUGCAUAAUAUGAUUUACAUGAAUAUUCGUGUUGGUGGUCUGUUCCUGCAAUUGUUUUCAUCUUAUGAAUGUCAUCAUCCAUAUUCCAUUUAGAUCAUAUCAUUGGUCAUCACAUGGGUGCAUAUUCAAAUUAUCCUAUGAGCCUUUUUACUUCUUUGUUAUGUUAAAAUAUCACUGAAAGACCUGGUGCAGACUCAUAACUAAAAUUGUUACUAAGGUUCCGUCCACUGAGCAACAGAAGAAGUGUUCCAUUGAACUUGGUAUUCAUGAACUCUGCCCAUAUGCCUCUCUUUGUGUAAGCCUUCCUGCAAAGUUUGAGCUUGAGUGCUGAGCCAAAAUAAAUUAAAAUAAUUGGGCUAGAUUUUGUGUGUUACCUCAACUAAAGAAAACUAUCAACAUUCAGAAUUAGCAAGGCAAUCUUGUAGAUUAUUGGUUAAUUAUGUGCCCCUAAUGUUGCAAGUAAAUGAUGUUAUUCUAUUCUGGUUCAUGUCAAUCGUUUCUAGUUCAAUAAAAAAUUCUUGCAUCAGGCACGAAGAACCUAGACCAUUCAUGUGCGUUAAUGAUAUUAUGUGAAAACCUUCAAAAUCUUAGACAGAUGCACAUGUUCAAGGAACUGCAUGAGCCAAAGAAUAUCACUCUUGGCGAAUGAUAACUUGGAUGUGCGAGUCUUGUAGUUAUUUUAUUUUUCCUAACAUGAUUGCUGGACAAUGUUGUGAUAACCUAAACCAAUCAAGGCACUCAUCUCCUAUUGGCAUUAGCAACAUGUGUAAUGUUAAAUAUCUUGUGUCAUUGAGGAGGCUUCUUCUCUCAAUUUUCUUUCUUCGAACUUUGUUUUCUUUAUGAAUAAACUUUGAUCAAGGCAUUAUCAAUCAAUUGUCUUUGAUACCAGAUGAUAUUUCAUUAGAUGACACAUAUGGAUUUAUCUAGUUAUUUAAUUAAUCAGGCUUUAUUUAGAAUUGAAGGUGUGGAUCUAGGAACAAUAACAAAAAAAAGUAUCUACUUUUCACUGUCUAGGGAUUAAGCAAUAGUAGGAAAGGUUGGGCAAUUAAAACUUUGAUGAGGAUUCAUAGGAUUGAUAACUUGUGUUUGCAGAAAGCUGAAAAUACAUUUAGUGGACUUCAUUGUUUGGGUGAAGCCUCAAUCCUUUACUUCAGCAUUAGGGAGGACUAUUAAUGCUGGACUAGUAAUUGUGAAUUGAAUAGAAGCGAUCUUUAUUUGGGGCUUUUUAAUUCCGUCUGCUUGCCUUAGGUCAAGCUGACUAUGGCUAUUAUAAUACUAUGCUCCUUUGUGACUACACCCUAAAAAAACCCUACUUUGUUUAUUUCAUGUUGAUCAGGCCUGUUUGCUGGUUAUAAGGUUUAUGGUUUCAGGGAGUGAACUAUUUUCAAGGCCAUGUGCAUAGGGCAGUGUUCAGCCCCUAUUUAGGGGUUUUGUUACAGCUCUAUAUCCACAUUCCACAGGGAUCAAGUUAUUGGUGAAAUUCUGUACCAACUUCAGCGAAUGGUGUAUUUAGAAGAAAUAAAAAUCCUGUUUCCACUAAUAUUAGGUUUUUCCUUUUGGGACUGUAUCAUUCGUGUCAAACUAGGGCCUUCUUCUAGGGUACAGGUUGCCACUCGGCUUUGAGAAAAUGCUUUACCCCAAAUGCCUCUUUGUAACUCUGAGGAUUAGUAGCAUUUUGAUUCAGAAUCUCUAUCAUUGAGCUUUCAUUUGAACGUAAAUCUAUUGUCUGUUUCUAAGUCGAGUUUUACAUAAAUUCAUGAUAUCUUUUUGGAAAUAAAUUUAAAGCUAUUUCCUACUCUUACUUUCCAAAGUGGAGUGUCGAUGGAGCUUGACCCAAACAUAAGCCCUGGGAGUGGACUCCUGGCUGGACUGUUAUGGAUUGCAGGACUGGCUUCACAAGUUAUUUACCUUGAUACCAAUCGAUAGAUCCCAAAGGUGGUUUUCCUUAAUGGGUUGUUGGUAGGAAAACUCGGCUGUUCUUAAUACGCUGAGAUCCUUCAAAAAUCUGGAUUGGGGGGGAGGAUGAAAGGGCACUUUAUCCUCCUGGGCUGUUCUAGGCAGUGUUCUUGAUAUUCACUUAUUAAUUGAGAGAAUGGGGGUUCAGUAGUUAAGAGUUAGGAUUUUUGAAUGAAGUGUAAGCCCCAGAGAAUGAUUUUUAUGCGAUCUAGAUCUUAAAUAGGGAGCUUACAAUUCUUCCCUAUAAAGGUCACGAAGAUGACAAUCCGUUUUAUUUCCUUUUGCAAGAGUUCCUCUUAUGCCAUCUUUCUUCUUCUUCCCCCAUUUGCCUUGUGUUCCAGCCGAUACACAAUCAUGCCUAGCUGUUUAAUUGGCGACAUGAUGCCUAGGAGGCUGCUCUCAUGGGUGAGUGGCUGCUGGGCUGCUGUGGGGCCGCCGGGCAGAGGCUCUAGGCCUCAUAGCCAGACCCACUUUGAGAUUAACUGGUCUACUGAAUACAGACCCCUUCAUUGUAUUUGAGUAGAUGAAUAUUUUUCAAGAGAACUUCCUGGCUGAUCUUCCAUUAGAGGGCUAACCAGCAGCAAACUACCCACGCAUGUAAGCAGCAUGCGAAAUAACCUAAUUUAAUGAAUAGAAAAGAUGAAAAAGCUCAGCAAUGGUUGAUUUUCGGCCAACUUAAAAUCUUUUUUUUUUUUAAAAAGGUCCUGAACUCAUCGUCUUUCUCUCUACUUCACGCAGGAGAAGAAUGAAAAUCUGGAGGAUGCCAGCAACGAGUUGAUCCUCACUGAUGAGGAUAUUGUAAGGUUUCAGAUAGGCGAGGUGUUCGCCCACAUGCCCAAGGAAGAUGUUGAGGACAGACUAGAGAACAUGAAAGAAGAUGCCACCAAGCAACUGGAGAGACUGGAGGUGGAGAAGGAAUCCGUGGUCGCACAGAUGGCAGGUCUGAAGAAGAUCCUCUAUGGCAAGUUCAAGGAUUCCAUCAACCUGGAAGAAGACUGA